AACAGACAGACCCUGCUAGUCGAGCGCCUAUUGCGCAGAAAGAGGAGCUGCAAGAUGGCGCAAGCAAUAUUUGAAGUACUUGAAGGCAUGGACAACCAGACGGUGUUGGCGGUCCAGUCUCUGCUGGACGGCCAAGGUGGAGUUCCUGACCCCAACAAUCAGAAUGUCUCCGGGACGUCUACUAUACAGUCGAUGGACGACGAGGACGUGUUCCUGUGUGGGAAGUGUAAGAAACAGUUCAAUUCUCUGCCUGCCUUCAUGACACACAAGAGGGAGCAGUGCCAGUCCAGCAUCCCCUCCCUGUCCACAGUGUCCCUGGCCUCCACCAACGCCUACACACCGGUCCCCUCCAUCAGCUCUGGACCACAGACCUCCACUAACAGACAGGUAUCCACCUACAUCACAGUACCCCCGUCCCCUCUGACACACACUCUGGUCCAGGGCAACGUGCUGGUCAGCGACGACGUCCUCAUGUCGGCUAUCUCCGCCCUCACCUCCAUCGACCAGCCUAUGGCCGCCAUGCAGACGCCUGUGCAGAGCAACCUAAGCAUGCACACGGCUGGUGUAUCAUACCUGCACCAGCACCACCACCACCAUCACCACCAUCACCAUCACCAGCAGCAGCAGCAUCAGCAGCAGCAGCAGCAGCAGCAACAGUCCUCCCACCCUCUCCCCUCCAGCCAAACGCCGGCCCACCCCCUGCCUGAUGGACAGCCCUUGCAGCAGCCGCUCGCCUCACAGGUCCCAACAAGCCACAGCAACUCAGUGGUCCAGGUGUACAGCACUAUGCCCAACAUGGGUGGAGGCGGUGGCGGAGAGAUCCACACCCUGGGGCUCCAGCCAUUUCAUCCCGUACAAGUGCCAAGUCAGUGCGUGGAGAGCCAAUCAUACACGACCCCUCGCGUCUACAGCCCUGGGAAGCAGGGCGCCAAAACAAAGACCUGCAGCAUCACCACCAACCUGACGGAGCUGGCCGACUUCGAAAAGGUCAUCAUCCCCAAGCGAUCCAGGAGCAGCAAAAAGGGCUCUGAUGGAGCCACAGCAGAGCAGCUGAAAGGAAAAGUUCCAAAGCUCAAGUGUAAUUUCUGUGAUAAAAUCUUCUCGAAAAACUUUGAUCUUCAGCAGCACAUUAGAAGUCACACAGGAGAGAAACCGUUUCAGUGCAUUGUCUGUGGCCGAGCUUUUGCCCAAAAGUCCAACGUGAAGAAACACAUGCAAACACACAAGGUGUGGCCUAUGGGUGCGGCCAGCACUGUGUCCAGAUUGCCGAUCACAGUAAAGGUGAUACCAGUGUCGUCCACUGAGGAGGAGGGGGGUGGGGAGCAGCAGCAGCAGCAUCAGCAGCAAGGUGAAGCACAGGUGGAGGAGGGGUCACAGCAGCAGAUCUGUCAAACACAAACAGAGGAAGAGGUGGUUCACACAGACGCUCCAGUGGAAUUGGAGGAGAGUGCGACUGAGGUUCCGACCCACCCGGAGCACGGCCGAGAGGAGGCCGCACAGGACGGGCUACCUCAGGCACACAUGCAGGUGCCGUCCAACCAGGACCAGCAGUGCCAAGCUCUAACCAAACAGAUCAUGGUGAUAGACAGCUCCUACCAGUGCCAGUUCUGUGCCAGCAAGUUUAAGACCUACUUCCAGCUCAAGUCUCACCUGACCCAGCACAAAGGGGAGCAGGUCUACAAGUGUGUGUUGAAGUCCUGCUCCCAGACCUUCCAGAAGCUGGAUCAGUUCCUGGAGCACAUCAGGACGCACCAGGAGCAGCUGACCUACCGCUGCCACCUCUGCAGCAAGGUGUUCCCCUCGCUGUUCGAACUGGGAGUCCACCAGUACUCCCACUGCUUCUGCCCGCAACAGAGCACACGCAAGGAAACCAGCAUCUACAGGUGCGUCAAGUGUCAAAGCAGAUAUUCUACCCAGGAGGCACUGGAGCAUCAUCUACUGACCGCCUCGCACAACUUCCCCUGCCCACACUGUCAAAAGGUUUUCCCGUGCGAGAGGUACUUUCGGCGCCACCUCCCCACUCACGGCGUUGGAGGGAGGUUCAAGUGUCAGAUCUGCAAGAAAGCCUUCAAGACAGAGCACUACCUCAAACUGCACACACGCAUCCACUCAGGUGAAAAGCCAUACAAGUGUUCGCUCUGUGAGGCCAUGUUCAACAGGAAGGACAAAGUGAAGCGACACAUGCUCAUCCAUGAGCCCUUCAAGAAAUACAAAUGUCCCUUUAGGACACAUGUGGGCUGCACCAAAGAGUUCAACAGGCCGGACAAACUCAAGGCCCACAUUCUGUCACAUUCAGGUAUCAAACCCUACAAGUGUCUCUUUUGUCAGAAGGCGUUCAGCCGCAGGGCCCACAUGCUCGAGCAUCAGCAGUCCCACACAGAUAACUACCGCUUCAGAUGCUCCACCUGCAACAAGGGCUUCACCAGACAGAGCUAUUACAGAGAUCACAAAUGUCCUGCAGCAGGGAGCGGCGCGGCGGCUGAAGGAGGCGCCGGCGAGUCGGAGGGAGACGAGGUCAUGAAGGAUGGAGAGGACGACGGGAGAAGAAGCCGGUUCCUGGGAAUAGAGAGUAUGGCGGGCCGUGAUGACGGAGCGAAUGACCACAGCUCAAAGGACGGCCACGAGCUGGUGCAAACACGCGAGCAGGAGGAGGAGGAGGAGGAAGAGGAGGAUGAAGGGAGGAGGAAUGAUGAGGGUUGUCAGGCUGCAAUGACUAUCAGCGGCACUGAAGGACAGGAGGAGGAGGAAGAGGAUGAUGAAGACGAGGAGGAGGAGGAUGAAGAGGAGGAGGAGGAGGAAGAGGAGGAGGAGGACAGGGUGGAGCAUGCUGGCAUGGCACUGGAUCAGAUUCAGAGCAAUGACCAACACUGUUUGCAGCAGCAGUGUUUGUAGAUAAGCAUGUUGGACCAAACAAACCAUCCAUUCUUUUUCAAGUCUGGGACCUUAUUCUUUUUUUGUUUUAUAUUAAAACGUUAAAUUAAAACGCACUUCUACACUUUACUGUAAAGUAAGCAGGCUUGUUUGAUACUUGGCAGAUCUAUAUCGCCAAAUUAACCUGUGGACCUUUUCCAUGUACACGUGUCCAAUUAUUGUGCAAUUUAAGCCACGGUGGUUCAUUUCAAAUUACGUCUUGUCAAUAAAA